AUAGUUAUCUUCGACACUUCUUCUUCUCCAAAGUGGAAUUCUGAUUCACAAGGCAGCUAAAGCCCUCAAAAUCUUUCCACUAUUUAACACAUUUGACGAAAUUAAAGCCACUCAAAAAGCAACCAAUUUUCGAAUUUAUUGCGCCAAAAUUCGUUCCUUCCUCAUAGAGAAACCGAAAGAAAAGGGGAAAAGAUUUUGCCCCACUUCUUCAUCAAAGCAUCAAUCUUUCUCGCUUUGUAUAUAUGCACAGAUGCACUCUUCAACAAGGAUGCUCAGCUGCAACCAAAAGGUUUCUGGAACCGGUGACGAUUUCUCGAGAGUUGAGGGUGAUAGAAAGGGGGGAAAAUUGGAGGGAUUGCGGCGUGGCCGUAGCGGAAGAGGAGUGGCGUUAGCAGUAGCAUGGCGAGUAGUAGUGGGACCAAGGACGAUCUGGGCCCGCCGCGGUCUCUGUCGAAGAGGCUGACGAGGGCGCUAACUGUGAUGGACCCUUCCGACGAAAACUCCGCCGUGGACAGUGAGCUGGUGCCUUCGUCGCUGGCAUUCAUUGCCCCAAUUCUCCGCGUGGCCAAUGAAAUCGAGGAAGAUAAUCCCCGCGUUGCUUAUUUGUGCCGUUUUCAUGCACUUGAGCAAGCGCACAAGGCAGAUCGAACAUCCAGCGGGCGGGGUGUUAGGCAAUUUAAAACAUACUUGCUACACAGACUUGAAAAGGAAGAAGCAGAGACAACACCUAAGCUUGCAAGUAACGAUCCUAGAGAAAUCCAGAAAUAUUAUCAGCUGUUCUAUGAGCACAAUAUCAAAAGGGGGGAACAUACAAAAACACCGGAGGAGAUGGCAAAGAUCUAUCAGAUUGCUACUGUCUUGUAUGAUGUGCUAAGGACGGUAGUGCCGGCAACAAAAGUUGACAGUGAGACCCAAAGAUAUGCUAAAGAUGUUCGGGAGAAAAAAGAACAAUAUGAGCACUUCAACAUUCUUCCCUUGCAUGCUAUUGGUGUUAAACCAGCAAUUAUGGAGCUCCCUGAGAUCAUAGCAGCGCUUCAAGCUAUUCGUUAUGUCGAUUAUCUUCCAACUUUCCAAAUGCCUGAAGAAAGAGAGAGGCCAGUCAAUGAUAUCCUUGAAUGGCUUGCUUUACGUUUUGGGUUUCAGAAAGGAAAUGUUGCUAAUCAGAGGGAGCACUUGAUAUUGCUUCUUGCAAAUAUGGACAUAAGAAACAAGAAUCUUCAGACUUAUGCUCAUUUGGAUGGCAAGAUGAUUCAGGAUUUGAUGGACAGGAUUUUUAAAAAUUAUCAGUCGUGGUGUAAAUAUCUACACCUUAAACAACAUCUGGACUGUCCACGGGAUGAAAGGAGACAACAGUUGCAGCUUCUGUACAUUGGACUUUACCUCCUUAUUUGGGGUGAAGCGUCAAAUAUUCGAUUUAUGCCAGAGUGCUUAUGCUAUAUAUUUCACUGUAUGGCAAAGGAGAUGCAUGAAACUCUUUUCAAUAAUGCUCAACACGUUACUGGAGCUGCUACCCAACUAGCACCACUAGGUGAGGAAUCAUUUCUAAAGAAGAUAGUGACCCCUAUUUAUGACGUUCUGCAAAAGGAAGCCAGGAGAAACAAAGAUGGAAAAGCAAGCCAUUCAGCAUGGAGAAACUAUGAUGAUCUGAAUGAAUACUUUUGGACAAAGAGGUGUUUUAGGUUGAAAUGGCCACUGGAUCUAAAAGCUGAUUUUUUUGUGCAUUCGGUUGUGAUAAAGUCCAGACACAAGAUUGUUUCACAGAGAAAUAACCAGGCUGUCGGAAAUAGAAAGCCCAAGACUAAUUUUGUGGAAGUGCGCACAUUUUGGCACCUUUACAGGAGUUUUGACAGAAUGUGGAUUUUCUUUAUAUUGGCACUCCAGGCAAUGAUUAUAAUUGCAUGGCAUCAACGUGUAUCCUCAAAUGUUCUUUUUGACGAGGAUGUAUUCAGAAGUGUUUUGAGCAUCUUUAUCACUGCUGCCAUUUUGAAUUUCUUGCGAGCUGUCCUCGACAUGGUCCUCAGUUUCAACGCCUGGAGGAGCCUGAAAGUUACCCAGAUACUCCGAUAUCUCCUGAAAUUGGCAAUUGCUACAUUUUGGCUUAUAGUCAUGCCACUGACAUAUUCCAGAUCUAUUCAGAACCCAACUGGGAUAAUGAGAUUAAUCGACAAUUUGGGAGCAGAUUGGCAGAACCAAGACCUUUACUAUUACUGCAUUGCAAUCUAUUUUCUACCUAAUAUGUUAGCUUCCUUCCUCUUUUUAUUUCCUUUUCUGCGGAGAGUCAUGGAACGCUCAAAUUGGCGCAUCAUUGUUCUUCUUAUGUGGUGGGCUCAGCCAAAGCUGUAUAUUGGAAGAGGAAUGCAUGAAGAUAUGUUCUCCCUUUUCAAGUACACACUAUUUUGGAUUACACUGCUAAUAAGCAAGCUAGCAUUUAGCUACUAUGUUGAGAUACUGCCAUUAAUUGAACCGACAAGGACGAUCAUGAAUAUCACUGUCAGUAGUUAUGAUUGGCAUGAUUUCUUUCCAAAUGCAACUCAUAAUAUGGGCGUGGUUAUUGCUAUCUGGGCUCCAGUCAUUCUGGUAUAUUUCAUGGAUACACAAAUAUGGUAUGCUAUAUAUGGAACUAUCAUUGGUGGGAUCUAUGGUGCAUUUAGCCACCUUGGAGAGAUUAGGACCCUUGGCAUGUUAAGGGCAAGAUUUGAAUCUGUUCCUUCAGCUUUCAGCAAGCGUCUUGUUCCAUACUCCAAAGGGGAAGCCAAACGUCAUAGAGGGGAUGACAUAUUUGAGAGAAUAAACAUUGCAAAGUUCUCCCAGAUGUGGAAUGAGUUUAUAUCAUCUCUCAGAAACGAGGACUUGAUCAGUCAUCGGGAGAGAGAUCUGCUUCUUGUGCCUUAUUCAUCAAGUGAUGUUCCUGUUGUCCAGUGGCCUCCUUUCUUGCUUGCCAGUAAGAUUCCAAUAGCACUGGACAUGGCAAAAGAUUUCAAGGAAAACGAAGAUGCUGAACUCUUCAGGAAAAUUAAGAACGAUGAUUUCAUGAAGUCUGCUGUGAUUGAAUGCUACGAGACAUUGAAGCAAGUGCUCAUUGGCCUUCUGCUAGAUGAAGGGGAUAAGGAAAUUAUCAGACAAAUUUGCGACAAAGUUGACAGCAGCAUACAAGAUCGAAGAUUCUUGAGGGAAUUUUACAUGGCUGGGCUGCCUUUAUUAAGUGAGAAAUUGGAUAGAUUUUUCAAACUUCUUAUGGAAGAUUAUGAAGACCUCGAGAUAUACAGAUCUCAGAUCAUAAACACGCUCCAGGAUAUCAUAGAAAUUAUCAUUCAAGAUGUAAUGUUUGAUGGCCAGAAGAUUUUGGAUCAAGGAAAUGAGAAAGAACAGCAGAAGUUUGAUAGGGUAAAUAUCAAUCUCUUGGAGAGCAGCUCCUGGAAGGAAAAGGUUGUCCGACUUCAUUUACUUUUAACUGUGAAAGAGUCAGCAAUCAAUGUCCCAAUGAAUUUAGAAGCUCGGCGACGCAUUACUUUCUUUGCCAACUCUUUAUUUAUGACAAUGCCUUCUGCUCCUAAAGUCCGCAACAUGCUGUCUUUUAGUGUGUUGACACCAUACUAUAGAGAAGAUGUUCUCUAUUCAACGGAUGAGCUUAAAAAGGAAAAUGAGGAUGGCAUUUCAACUUUGUUUUACCUUCAGAAGAUUUAUCCAGAUGAAUGGAAAAAUUAUUUGGAGCGGAUCAAAGACCCCAAACUCAGUUAUGCCAAUAAAGACAGGAAUGAAAUGGAUCGUUAUUGGGUUUCUUACAGGGGACAGACACUUGCUCGGACAGUGAGAGGAAUGAUGUACUAUAGGGAGGCCCUAGAACUUCAAUGCUUUCUGGAUUUUGCUGAUGAUGAUGCUAUAUUUGGAGGCUAUCGGGCCAUUGAUACGACUCACCAUAACUACAGAACUCUUAAGGAACGAGCACAAGCUUUAGCAGAUCUCAAGUUCACUUAUGUUGUAUCUUGCCAGGUCUAUGGUGCACAAAAGAUGUCUAGUGAUCCCCGAGAACGUGGACACUAUCUCAAUAUUCUGAACCUCAUGUUGACGCAUCCAACGCUGCGUAUUGCUUAUAUAGAUGAGAGGGAGGAGACAGUAGAGUCAGUAGACAGUCAAAAGAAAACUGAGAAGGUUUAUUAUUCUGUCUUAGUCAAGGGAGGGGAUAAGCUGGACGAGGAAAUAUACCGUAUCAAGCUUCCAGGCCCUCCAGCUAAAAUCGGAGAGGGGAAACCCGAGAAUCAAAACCAUGCUAUCAUUUUUACCCGUGGAGAAGCCUUGCAAACAAUAGACAUGAAUCAGGAUAAUUAUUUUGAGGAAGCUUUCAAGAUGCGCAAUGUUUUGGAGGAAUUCUUAAAACCUCAUCAUGGACAGAGAAGACCGACAAUUCUGGGAUUGAGGGAGCACAUCUUCACAGGAAGUGUCUCCUCACUUGCUUGGUUCAUGUCCAAUCAAGAAACAAGUUUUGUGACUAUUGGGCAAAGGAUUUUGGCAAACCCUUUAAGGGUAAGGUUCCACUACGGGCAUCCCGAUAUUUUUGACAGAAUCUUUCAUUUGACAAGAGGUGGCUUGAGCAAAGCUUCAAAAACAAUCAACUUGAGUGAAGAUAUAUUUUCUGGAUACAAUUCAACACUGCGGAAUGGCUAUGUAACGCAUCAUGAAUACAUCCAAGUGGGUAAGGGACGAGAUGUUGGCAUGAAUCAGAUAUCUCUAUUUGAGGCGAAGGUUGCAAAUGGCAACGGAGAGCAGACUCUUAGCAGAGAUGUCUAUCGACUUGGACGUAGGUUUGAUUUCUACAGAAUGCUGUCCUUCUACUUCACCACAGUCGGGUUUUACUUCAGUAGCAUGGUUACUGUGCUUAUUGUUUACGUCUUCUUAUAUGGACGACUAUACAUGGUCUUGAGUGGUUUAGAAAAGCGAAUUCUGGAUGAUCCGUAUAUUCGUCAGAGUAAAGCUCUUGAGGAGGCUUUGGCAACUCAAUCUCUUUUUCAGCUAGGCCUGUUGCUGGUGUUGCCCAUGGUGAUGGAAAUCGGCCUUGAGCGAGGCUUUCGAACUGCCAUUGGCGAUUUAAUCAUCAUGCAAUUGCAGCUGGCAUCUGUCUUCUUCACAUUUCAGCUUGGAACAAAAGCCCACUAUUAUGGUAGAACCCUGUUACAUGGGGGGUCGAAAUACCGAGCCACAGGGCGUGGCUUUGUCGUCUUUCAUGCCAAGUUUGCUGAUAACUAUAGAAUGUAUUCCCGCAGUCACUUUGUCAAAGGUUUGGAGCUUUUGUUACUUUUGAUCAUCUACGAGGUAUAUGGGCACUCCUACCGCAGUUCAUCACUAUAUUUCUUCAUCACCUUUUCAAUGUGGUUCCUUGUUGCUUCCUGGCUGUUCGCUCCUUUCGUUUUUAACCCAUCCGGUUUCGACUGGCAAAAGACCGUGGAUGAUUGGACGGAUUGGAAGAAGUGGAUGGGAAACCGUGGUGGGAUCGGGAUUGCACAGGAUAAAAGUUGGGAAUCUUGGUGGAAUGGAGAGCAUGAACACUUGAAAUACACUAAUAUAAGGGGCAGAGUGCUGGAGAUCAUCCUUGCAUCUCGAUUUUUCAUAUACCAGUACGGCAUUGUCUAUCGCCUCAAAAUAUCACACGGCCGCAAGGAGAUCAUGGUCUACGGUUUGUCUUGGUUUGUGAUGCUCACAGUUCUUCUCGUCUUAAAGAUGGUGUCGAUGGGGAGACGGAAGUUUGGUACAGACUUUCAGCUCAUGUUUAGGAUUCUGAAAGCGCUUCUGUUCCUCGGGUUUGCAUCAGUGAUGACUGUGCUAUUUGUUGUUGCUGGCCUUGCUAUCAGUGAUAUCUUUGCUGCUACGUUGGCCUUCUUGCCCACCGGGUGGGCCCUGAUCCUCAUUGCUCAAGCAUGCGCGCCUUGCUUGAAGGGCAUCGGACUUUGGGAGUCUGUGAUGGAACUGUCACGAGCUUACGAGGCCAUAAUGGGCCUCGUGAUCUUCAUGCCGGUUGUUGUGCUGUCGUGGUUCCCUUUCAUGUCUGAGUUCCAGACGCGUCUGCUCUUCAACCAAGCCUUCAGUCGGGGCCUCCAGAUAUCAAUGAUUUUGUCCGGGAGGAAGGAGGAGAAGUCUUCGGCCUCUUGAAAUUUUCUGGGUUUUGAUCAUUACUGUCUUAUCAGAUACUAUAAUUCACAUUACUUACCGUUUCAGUUGAGCUCAUCAUACUUUUACUUUUGUGCUUACUAUUGUACUGCAAUUAUAGGCUGUGUAAAAACCAUGUAGCCAAAAUAGCAUAUGGUUAUUGGUUAACAUCUUUUUCCACACUAGUAUAUCUAACUCAAAUUCCAUUACAAUUUACA